UUCUCUGAAAGCUUUGGCCAGUUGAGCAACUUGCUGCUAGUGUUAAAAAAAAAAGAAGAAGAAAAAAGGAAAAAAAAAAAAAAAAGAGCUGAGUAAUGCUGGAGCCUUCUCAUGUGGCUGAUGCAAACCUGGAGAAUUUGCAUCAUCAUCUAGCUAGAGUAAGUUGGUGUGACAGGCAGGAGCUUAAAUACCAGCCCACGAGGAAGCUGAGCUGGUCUGUAAUGAUAGGGCAGCUGCCGCAGCCGCCGCAGCAGAGGUAGUCGGGGAGGUGGGGGACCCGAGCACCAUGAACGAACGCACAGGUGUUCCUGAGGAGUAAUUAGAUUGCUGAAGGCGAAAAUACACCUUAGAGUCUUACCUGUGAGUACACUAGCACUGAGAAAGAAUCUGAAAGCAAACGGGAGGAGAUCGAUCAGUCACACCAAGAGGCAUCCAAGUUGAAAGUUUGUGGGCUUUAUUUUUUUCCCUCUGUUUCCUGUUUCCUCACACGUGGGUCCCUGCAAUGGUCAGAAAGCCCGUUGUGUCCACCAUCUCCAAUGGAGGUUACCUGCAGGGGAAUGUUCAAGGGAGGCUGCCUUCCCUGGGCAGCAAGGAGCCACCUGGGCAGGAGAGAGUUGUGCUCAAGAAGAAAAUCACUCUGUUGAGAGGAAUCUCCAUCAUCAUCGGCACCAUCAUUGGAGCAGGAAUCUUCAUCUCUCCCAAGGGCAUCCUCCAGAACACGGGCAGCGUGGGCUUGUCUCUGGUUAUCUGGACGGUCUGUGGGGUCCUGUCACUGUUUGGAGCCUUGUCCUAUGCUGAAUUGGGAACCAGUAUAAAGAAAUCUGGCGGUCAUUACACAUACAUCCUGGAAGUCUUUGGCCCAUUACCAGCUUUUGUGCGAGUCUGGGUGGAACUGCUCGUAAUACGCCCUGCAGCCACUGCUGUGAUAUCUCUGGCAUUUGGACGCUACAUUCUGGAACCAUUUUUUAUUCAAUGUGAAAUUCCUGAACUUGCAAUCAAGCUCAUUACAGCCGUGGGCAUAACCGUGGUGAUGGUCCUAAAUAGCAUGAGUGUCAGCUGGAGCGCCCGGAUCCAGAUUUUUCUAACCUUUUGCAAGCUCACAGCAAUUCUGAUAAUUAUAGUCCCUGGAGUGAUGCAGCUAAUUAAAGGACAAACACAACACUUUAAAGAUGCCUUUUCAGGAAGAGAUGCAAGUAUUAUGGGAUUGCCACUGGCUUUUUAUUAUGGAAUGUAUGCAUAUGCUGGCUGGUUUUAUCUCAACUUUGUUACUGAAGAAGUGGAAAAUCCUGAAAAAACCAUCCCCCUUGCCAUAUGUAUAUCCAUGGCCAUUGUCACUGUUGGCUACGUGCUCACAAACGUGGCCUACUUUACGACCAUUAGUGCUGAGGAGCUGCUGCUUUCCAAUGCAGUGGCAGUGACCUUUUCUGAGCGGCUCCUGGGAAAUCUCUCAUUAGCAGUUCCGAUCUUUGUUGCCCUCUCCUGCUUUGGCUCCAUGAAUGGUGGUGUGUUUGCUGUCUCCAGGUUAUUCUAUGUCGCAUCUCGAGAGGGUCACCUUCCAGAAAUCCUCUCCAUGAUUCACGUCCGCAAGCACACGCCUCUGCCAGCUGUUAUUGUUUUGCACCCUUUGACCAUGAUAAUGCUCUUCUCUGGGGACCUCUACAGUCUCUUGAAUUUCCUCAGUUUUGCCAGGUGGCUUUUUAUUGGGCUGGCAGUUGCUGGGCUGAUUUAUCUUCGAUACAAACGCCCAGAUAUGCAUCGUCCUUUCAAGGUGCCGCUGUUCAUCCCAGCCUUGUUUUCCUUCACGUGUCUCUUCAUGGUCGCCCUUUCCCUUUAUUCGGACCCAUUUAGUACAGGGAUUGGUUUCAUCAUCACUCUGACCGGGGUCCCUGCCUACUAUCUGUUUAUUAUAUGGGACAAGAAACCUAAGUGGUUUAGAAGAAUGUCAGGACCUCAAAUGGUGUUUGAGGCAGGAAUAAAGGCAUAAAGCUGGAGAAGUAGCCAAAGGUCAAGCCAUAUGGGAAUACAUCAGACUUGGUGAGAAAUCUUUAUAUGACUCGUUGGAAGGUAAGCUUUCAGAAAACCCUGUGGUGAGUAGAGACUAAAUUCUAGAGAACCAUGUAAGAAGUGCUACAAUAAAGAGGUUGUGACAGUGUUCUAGGCAAGACAUGACAAGAACCAAGCCAGGGUGGUGGACAUAGAGACUGAUACAAGGGGUGUAUUGGUCCUAUUGCUGUGAUGAUAAAUCACUACAUACUUAAUGGCUUAAAAACAACACAGAUGCAUUAUCCUACAGUUCUGGAGAUCAGAAGUCUGAAAUGGGUCAUAGAAUAGGGCUAAAAUUAAGGCUUCAGCAAAACUAUGUUCCAUCUGCUUGCUUUAGGGAAGAAUUUGUUUCUUUGCCUUUUCCAGAUUUCCUGCAUUCCCUGGCUCGUUCUCUCUUCUUUGCAUCACUCUAAUUUCUGUAUCUGUUAUCACAUCUCUGACUGUAACCCUCCUGCCUACCUCUUAUAAAAACUAUGAUCACACUGGGGUUGGCUCACCCAGAGAAUAUGAGAUGGUCUCCUCAUCUCAACAUCCUUAACUGAAUCACAUCUACAAAGUCCCUCUGGCCAUAUAAGGUAACAUAUUCACAGGUUUGGGGGAUUAGGCUGGAAGUAUCUUUAAAGGGCCGUUAUUCUGUCUACCACACAGGACGUGCUGAAAAAAUAUUUACAAGGACUUGGUAAUUUAUGGAGAGAGUGUGGGAUGAGUGAAAGAGAAAGUAAAGCAUUCCCACGUAUUUAACUUAGCUGACUUUAAGAAAGAUGUCAUCGACUGACAUGAGGCAUAGUGAAGGAAGAAUCAUUCAGGUGUGAGGUGUGGAGCGUGGAGAGUUUGAGGAGCCCGUGGAACUUCAAGCCGACAGGAGAUGUCUAGCUAUCUAGCAGGUGUGUUGCUAUCUGAACCUGCAGCUUAGAUGAAAAUUGUGUUGGGAGUUUAAAUUUGGAUGUUUUCAGCCGUUAGGAAGCGGAGUUGAAGCCAUGUUGGAUGGAAACACAUCAGGAGAGACUGAGAGUGAGAAACACAACAGGAAGCUGGUAUUAGGGGUGUUUGAAAGAGCAGCCCUACAUGUUGACUGAGGAGGAUUUGUCAGAAAUGGAAAAUUGGUGGAACAGAGAUUCUUGGGAGCCCAGGCAACUGAGCAAUGGUUUUUACACUGUGCUCCUCAAAGUACCCCUGAGGGUUACUGCAUUUCCCAAUAGCAGAGAGGAGUGAAUCAACGGGACUCCACACCUCUCACCAAGAUCAGAGUAACUAUGCUUUUAUUUGAGUCAUAGGUUUGCAUUUCUCCAUAAGGUUUUAUUUAAAUGAGGGGCUUUGUUAUGAAAUUGUAUUUAAAAUUUGCAAAUCUCUAUAGUAGAGAAGUUGAGGUAGAGUGAAUGAUGAAUGUCCCGUGAUCCCUUGGCGAGGGCAUAGCAUGAAUGUAGCCAAACCAAUGCAGCUACUGAUUACUCUUAUUAAUCUGUGUAAUUAACAGUGAGUGGUGUUGGUUCCCUGUGUUCUUACAGCAUCUUGUGCGGUGCUUGAUCGUGGCACUUUUCAUAUUGCAUUUUCAUUUUUGUUUUAGUGUCCCUAUAUUCCCCUCUAGAUUGGGAACACACUAAAAAUCUCUCCAGUGGCUUUCAUCUUUGUAUUGCAAGUGUAAAAAGAUGAGGAAAAAAUUAUUCCUGAGAUUUCAUCCUAAGGAGAAACUUUGCCUAUUUUCAGGGAGAGAGAGACAGACCUCAAAAGCAUGCUUAAACAAAAUGUGAUGCUUACUAAACUGCUUUGCAGGAUAAAGGGAGAGAAAUUUUGUUACCGAAAAGAAAGGUGAGGAAAAGGAAGAAUGAUCAAAGAAUAAAGGGAAAAAGAAAGCAAAGAGAAUGCAGGGGAUCUUAAGAUGCAACUCUGGCCCAUAAAUUGCCAAUAAUGUUCCUACAUUUAUAAAUCCUUCCCUUAAAAUUAAUAACUGAUAAAGGUUAUGAGUUUUUGGCUGAGCUAAUAUAGAGCAAAACGGAGACAGUGUGUAUAGAGGAGAUAUUUGACAUAAGUACCAUGGAAAUGUAAUAUCUGGGAAUUUGAAGAGAUCACAAAGAGGCUUUGAACUUUAACAGGCAAAGGGUAUUUCAAAUAGGAUAUUUCAGACCAGUGCAGCCCAGUAGAAAAGUAAUGGGAAUCACAAAAAG